AUGCUGAACGGUUCCAUACCAUUCAGUAAGACUGACUUUGUGGUGGCCUGGAUGUUGAGGGAGUGCUGUGCUCUCAUACUGUUUAUCAGAGCCCUAUGGGAACCGGACAUAAAGUGGAGGACCGGCACGUUUAAGCUGAUGUGGGGCGGUGUCGCCCAAGAAGUGAAAACAAAAUUAUAGCAUUG